CCUGUCUUUGGUAUACAAGAUGCUUAAUUUCCUGAUCAUUUGGGAAUUUCCUAGUUGGUCAACUUUUUAGGAGGGACCUGUUGUAUAUUGUUGGUUUGGAUGUUGGUUUGUCAAUUGAAGUGAUGUAGGUACUAGAAACAUUGCUGACCUGAAAUGUUCAUUUGGUAGUUAAGUUGCAUUGACAAGUAGGUCUCUCAUUGUUGGCUUUUGGAUAGCUCAUAUUUGUUUCUUUAUUAACUAUGAGUAUGAUUUUUGUCAACUUUUUAUGCUAUUACAAUAAUGAAAAUGGAGUAAUUGAAUUUAUAUAUUUUUUAAUCAAUUUAAUUGACAAAGCAUUUGCUGUCUGUUUUGUAAAAUAUUGUAAAAUUUUAUUUCCCAGUAAAACGCCUAUCCCUGUUCUAAGUAGUGUGCCGACAAAUGAGAUAUUUCGUUGUUUUGGGCAGGGGGGUGUGUAUGAGACCGGCUGGAAGGGAACAACUUAAUGUCAUCACUUCCUUCUUCACUGGGACUUCAAAUAUGCUUUCUAUUCUUUCUUUUCACAGGGUGUAAGGUCUUGGUCAAGAGGGCUGGUGUAUCAGUCCGUGCAAUGCAACACUAUGACCUCAUUUGAUGCAGCAAAAAAGCAUACCAUUUAUUCAACCUUGUAUGUGUAAUAUUCAAGUCCACUGUUUCUUGCAUGCAUGUGCUAUGUUUAUUUUUUCUGCCCUGGUGACUUGGCAUUCCAUGCUAAACAAUAGCCACACUUGGACAUAUUGUUUUCCCUCAUAAAAAAAAACCACAGGAUGCACAUUAACCAGAUUUCACAAUUUUUUGGUUCUACUUCUGUAUUCUUGUAAAGCGUGGAGCUUGUUAGAAAUCUGUCAUGUUUGUUAUGGUAUAAUGGCUGGUAAGAGUAUUCCUUGAAACAAUGUCUUCGUCUUUUUCUCCACCUUUACAGUCUUUGCUCUAUUCUGCUCAACCAGACAGACAACUUUGUGGUUGUUUUUUAAAUGUUGGUUGUUGGCAGUCAGUUGAUGAUGGUCUGUUUUAAAAAUAGAAUGAUGCCUUUUUGGUACACAUCAGGCACAGUUAAACUGUACUUUCAUGUGUUUUUUCUACUGAAAAAAGGCCAACCUUGUUAGCUGUAAUAACUCUUGCACCUAGUUCAAUGAUACACACAUUUGAGCUAACACGAUUACAUUUUUUACUCAUUCUUUUGGUGAGAUGCAGAUAGUUGUGUUUAAAGAAGAUAUGGCCUCUGAAAAUGGCAACGUUUGUGCGUUUGCUUUUUUAAUCUGCGUGUUCCAUCAUAAGGUGGCCUGAGAAGAUCACUUAUGAUUGUUUGAUUUGUGAUGUCAUGACAUUUUUCAAUGCUUCCCUAUCAGAAGUUGGUCUUUGUGUAGGCCUAUGUCCUAGUUUAUACAACAUUCCAUAAGAGUGAUCCAUCAAGAGAACACUUUCUCAUACUACCGAAUAUUUGUGGUUUUCCCCAGAGCGAGAAUCUGGUCAGCAUGCAGCAAAAUCAUUUGUGAUUUUCCAUUCAAUGCUGCUUUUCAAUUAUAGCAAGUUCAUUGUUUUGUUUUUCAGUUGCAACUAGCUAGUAUCACUAACCAUCAUUAUAUUCCUAUAAUUUAUAGCCAUGCAAUUUUUUUCCUAUCAUUACAUUGUUAUUAAUAUUUCUGCUUAAAGCUGGAAUCCCUGGUUGCUACGUACAUUUUUGGACCUAUAAAUGAAUGAUACACUUUGAACGGGGUAUGGUAGUAGGUGCCAGGUGCACCGGUUUAAGUGUAUCAAGUACUGCACACUGCUGUGUUUUUCACUUAACAGUUUCCUGUGUUUUAUCAAGAAUGGCCCAUCAAAAGAGGGUGUAACUCAAUAUUAGGAGUGUGUCCUAAUUUUUUGUACACCUCAAUUCAUCAGAGCAUGGACUCUACAAGGUGUCAAGUGUUCCACACGGUGCUGGCCCAUGUUGACUCCAAUGCUUCCCACAGUUGUGUCAAGUUGGCUGGAUGUCCUUUGGGUGGCGGACCAUUCUUGAUACACACGGAAAACUGUUUAGUCUGAAAAACCCAGCAGCAUUGCAGUUCUUGACACAAACCGGUGCGCCUGGCACCUACCAUACCCCGUUCAAAUGGACUUAAAUAUUUUGUCUUUCCAAAAGGGCUUGUAAGUAAGUGUUAAUUAAAAAUAUAUAUCUAAAACUAAAAAAACGAAUAGUUAAAGAACAGCAGUAAAAUAACAGUAGCGAGGCUAUAUGCAGGGGUACCAGUACAGAGUCAAUGUGUGGGGGUACAGGUUAGUCGAGGUAAUUGAGGUAAUAUGUACAUGUAGCUAGAUUUAAAGUGACUAUGGAUAGAUAAUAACCAGAGAGUAGCAGCAGUGUAAAAGGGGGGAGGUGGACAAUGCAAAUAAGUCUGGGUAGCCAUUUGAUUAGCUGUUCAGGAGUCUUAUGACUUGGGGGUAGAAGCUGUUAAUACUUUUGGACCUAGACUGAUUGAAGUGGAUUGAACAAGUGACUUCAAUAAAGGAUCAUAGCUUUCACCAAGAUGUACCUGGCCAGUCUAUGUCAUGGAAAGAACAGUUCUUAAUGUUUUGUACACUCAUACCCAUUGAUUCUUGAAGAAUUAUAAAUGCUACAUGAGCUUAGGUCAACUGUUGUUUUUUACUCCAGUGUUUGUAAGCAAUGUAAAUGUAAACAAACACUGUAUAGCCUCAAAACAUGGUUAAAACUGUAAUGUUGAUAUCAUGGAUGAUCAGUCCUUGCAUCCAUAGCUCUGUCUAUGAAUUUGAGAGUGUUUACACUUCUCCAAGGCCCACCCCUCAGCUUUUUACCAAAACACUGGCGAGAUGACAGCUUUGUUAUUGUUUCAAUUAAGGAUGCUAACUCUAAUGCUGUCCAACGUGUUGUCCUGUAUUCAUAGUCACAAUACAACACAAUACUUGUAUUUACUGUCAUUUAAACAGGAUCCCUAUGCCCCGAGUCACAUCCCGUCAUGUUUGAGAAUCUGGUCUUGCCUGUUUUCCCUUGUUCUAAUUGCUCUAUUUCUCGCUCUCUUUCUCUCCCUCCCCGUCAAGUUGUUUUGGAACUCCCCACGCCGUGCGACUCAACAGGAAAUGUGAGUUUCACAUAUAAAGGACCUCUCGUGGCAACUCACUCGUCAUUACAGAAACGACUACUUGACACUGACAAAACCUACUGUAUGGUGGUCAAACGGGAACUAAGCGAUUUACUACCGAGACAUAGACUGCUGCAGCGUAAACAAGAUAUUUAGCACAAAACGGAGAGUAAAAGUGCUGUAAUCCAGCUCAUCAUGGUGGACCAGCUGGCUUUCACGCAAGAGAACAGAGAGCGGAUCCUGGCGGUGGAGAACUCCUUUGGCCCCUUUGGGAAGUUUCUGUUCAGACCUGGCCGGGUCUUGAUAGGCGAGGGGCGGCUGAUGAAGCUGUGUCGACGCCGCCCACAGCCCAAAGUAUUUUACUUGUUUAAUGACAUUUUGGUCUACGGUAGCAUCAUCCUUCAUGGACACUGGCACAAGAACCAACAGAUAAUCUCCCUGGAGGAUAUCCAGCUAGAGGACCUGGAGGACGGGGUCAGCAUGGAGAACCAGUGGCUGAUCCGCACCCCAAGGAAGUCAUUUUACGUGUCAGCUGCCUCUGCUGAGGAGAAGCAGGCCUGGAUGGAGCACAUCGAGGACUGCAGGUCCAAGCAGCUGCAGCAUGCCGGUUGCCAGCCCGGAUGCACCUUCGCCACCACCUGGAUCCCUGACCGGGCGUCCGCCAUCUGCAUGCGCUGCGCUAAAACGUUUGGGGUCAACAAACGUCGCCACCACUGUCGUCGCUGCGGCUUCGUCGUCUGCAACGCCUGCUCCAAGAAUCGGGCCGUAAUCUGCCACAUCUCUACUAAGCCUGUGAGGGUAUGUCGACUGUGUCACCUCAGUCUCCAGGACCACGGGGCGCUGACCCAGGACGAGGUGCAUUCACGGGGGGACAGCGAUGGGAGGAACUGCUCUGAUGAAUACGAACUGGUCAUGCCUGAGUACGAGGCGACUAUCGACGAUGAGGCAGAUGAGCGGGUAGAUGAGCACGCACCACACAAGUGGGUUGAGUCUCAGAUCAACUCUUGGUCCCCGUAUAACUAUUUAAAACCGCACCAUCAAAGUCCCAAUCUCACUGGCUUGUCAAACCACUUGACUUGAAUUGGAUUGACUUUUGGACAAUGUGAGAGGACACUGAAAAGUAUUUACUGAAUUAGUAUGUGGUGAAGAAAAGUGUCAAAUCAAGACGUUACAUGAUCACAUGUAAUGAUAAAUAUUGUGCAAAUAUGAACACUACUGGAUCAAUAUAUUCCUGUUAAUAUACCUUUGAGUGUAUUGGGGAUUUUAUUUGUGUUAUCCGUUUGAUAAAUGUUAACCUGUAUUAUGAAUUGUUAACUGUCCAUUAUACACACACGAAGCAUCUUUGUUUACAUGAAAUAUUUUGCACUGAAUACUUUUAUAUUCAUCCUAUACUUAUCUUCUUUAAAAAAUGCAUGUGGACUAAGAUAAUGUGCCUAUAUUGUGUACCUGUAAUUAUAACUCUAAAUGACAAUACCUAUGCUUCUUUAUCACAUUCAUAUCAACCAUUUACCGAUAAAAUAAAAUAUUUUGAUAGCAA